GGAAAGCGCGAUUCGAAGCUUCGGGCGCACGCAUCAACGUCUCAGCACCGGCAGUCCACCUCGAGCUGCUUUCUUACCGCCCUAUCAAAAAGGCAUCGUGUCGCGUUGGUAAGAGUGUGAUCAAAUGGUGACGACCCUGAUCAGACGGUCCUAUAGGCUCAGCUAGCCGAUGGCACCAGCUUGCUGGACUUGCCUCAUCCAGGCUUCGUUUCCGCUGCGGCACGCGCUCGUCCUGUUUGUUGUGGCGAGAGCCAGGCUCGCGCUGAGCAUCCCUUGCUAUUGGCGCACCGUACAUACGUCGGAUCAUCACUGAAUAUCCAGAUUUCCUCCCGGCUAGGCCGCAAGGACGUACUUAUAGCAGCACUCAAUGCCAUAGUAUGCCCCUCACCCCGUUGACAUGUCCUCGCUGUCCCACUUCACUCCUUUGCUGCGCAAGCCCUUCUCUAUCAGCAUCAGCGUCUCUCGCAGAGAAUUCCUCCUCCUCUUGCUCCCUUUCUGCGCCUUGACGGUUCACCAUCCCCCAAUUGUAGACAUUCCGGCAGAUGAUAUCUUCAAUAAGCCACUAGAAGCUUAUGAAACCGCACUACGCAACCAUGGACCUGUUAUUGGCGUCAGGAGGAAAGGAAGACUGGAAUACAUUCUAGGCCGAGAGUACACGAAAUAUCUAUUCGCCGACGACAAAAAUUUAAGUUUUGAAGAAGGCGUGGCAACGGUCCUCAACCUCCGAUUCAUCCUUGCGAUCCGCGGCGGAAAGUUUUUCAAGGAUGUCGACCGUCUUGUAGCAUCUGGCAUGAUUCCACGAAUUGAAGGUAUUACCAAUAGAAUUUUCCCAAUCUUCAUGAAGCACGCCACGGGACUUGUAAAUGAUGGCCGACAGCGAGGCGAACAUGUAGACUUUUUCGCUCAUGCGCACCACUCGAUCGCGGAGUCCAUGCUCACAGUAGUCAUGGGCGAGCAAUACGUUAACGACCAGCACCUCAGCAUCAUCGAAGACAUGGCACACGACAUUGCUAAUAUGACAGGAAUCUACCAAAAUUUGUCUUACUUUGCGCGGACGUUCCCAUGGCUAUGGAGGAUCGCUAACUGGACGCGCAUCAUCUUCGGCACUCUGCUGUACCGCUACUUCUUCGUCCUCGGCCCUCACAUUUGGCGCGAGCUGCGCCACAAUACAUUCGUGCCUCUUAGUAGGUCGGAGAAGGAGCACGACUCGGACGAGCCUCUGCUGCACUUUAUGGGCAGAAUGUUCGCACGAGAAGACGGCACCGUCUCUGUUGCCGACACUUUGUGGAGUGCCUGCCUUGUGCUCAGUCUGAUUUUCGCAUCUGUCCACCAAACUGCCGUCGUCGCAGUGUGGGUGAUGUACGAGCUCGCUGCGCGGCCAUCGUACAUCCCGGCGAUUCAGGACGAGCUCAUGGCCAUCGUGGAGCCACAGGCCGACGGGACGCAUCACCUUUCAUACGAGUCGUUGCGCAACGCACGUUACCUCGACUCAUUCAUCCGCGAGGUGAUGCGCCUGAAGGGCGACACACUCGGGGUAUGUCGGCAGACUGUCCAGGACACGCCCAUGGGAGACUACGUGAUCCCGAAAGGACAUCUAGUCAUCCCCAUGGCUUCGCUGUCGCACCGCAGCACCGAGUACCAUGGCGAAGACGCGGAGCUUUUUGACGGGUUCCGGUGGGUCGAGGAGAACCAGCCGGCGGUCAUGGUCAGCCCUGCCUAUUUCCCAUUCGGUCUCAACCGCUGGGCCUGCCCUGGACGUGUGCUCGCUGUGGCUGAGAUGAAGAUGAUCGCACUGACAAUUCUUAGCCUGGCACACCCUAUACUGGAAGGCGGCAAAUACACCGUCGUCGAUCCCCUCAAUAUCACCAGCGUGCAGCCGGCGGGCAAGCUCUUUUUGUCCCCGCUGGCUCAACCUCUGAUUUAGCCGGUGGCGAACCUCUCGCGGAACCGUCGGUAUAAACUUAAAUGUUGCAACUGUGCAUACCCGGCCUGUAUUUUCACUGGUCAUAGAUCAUUCACGAAGUACUGAAGCUACUGCUUCGACGACUACUCAAGUGCCGUUGUGUGUACUCUAGAUACGCCUCGUCACGAAAUGUCAUGCUCAUGUCCCAC